GAGAGAUCCCCUGCUCUGUAACCAGCGCCUGACUCUGUUCUCUGCCCGGGGAGGAGGACUAUGAUCGGUUUCUGAGGGGGGUCAGAGGUGUGAGCUCAGGGCGUUGUCAUGCAGACCAUCAAAUGUGUCGUCGUGGGCGAUGGUGCCGUGGGAAAGACAUGUCUUCUUAUCUCAUACACCACCGGAGCUUUUCCAAAGGAAUACAUCCCCACUGUGUUCGACAACUACAGCAGCCAGAUUACAGUAGAUGGACGUAACAUCAGUCUAAACCUGUGGGACACGGCAGGUCAGGAGGAGUAUGACCGCCUUCGGACGCUGUCCUACCCUCAGACCAAUGUCUUCAUCAUCUGCUUCUCCAUUUCCAGUCCUGCCUCCUAUGAAAACGUCAAGCACAAAUGGCAUCCUGAGGUAUUCCACCACUGCCCCGGUGUUCCCAUUCUCCUGGUGGGCACCAAAAGCGACCUCCGGAACGACACAGAGACCCAGAGGAAGCUGAAGGAGCAGAACCAGGUGCCCGUCACACACCAGCAGGGCAUGGCCCUGGCCCGGCAGAUACACGCCAGCCGCUACCUGGAGUGUUCGGCCCUUAACCAGGAGGGAAUUAAGGACGUGUUUGCUGAGGGUGUGAGGGCUUUUCUGAACCCCCAGCCCACCGUCACCAAGAGACCCUGUGUGCUGCUGUAGAGCUUGACGGCUUGCUGUUUACGUCCCUCACACUCCCGUCAGGGCCCGGCCUGGCCUAACCCAACAGGGUUUGGGCUGUGUUUUCAUUCUCACUUUGUGUGAGACAUUGGGUGGGGUAGUCCUAAGGUUUAGAAAUACUGUUCAAAAAUGUUUUUAUUAGAAUUUUGUCAUUUGGGUAUUAUAGGGAAUUUGGGGUUUUUGAGCUUUGACCGUUUUCUUGCUCACAAAACGCUAUAUGGACACAGUCUUGGUUGAAGGAUGAAUAGUACGUUUUCCCUGGUGUGGGUCCAAGUGAAGAUUCCCAUCAGAGAGAUGGAUGAGAGGAUGAAUAGAUGGGUGAAAUAGAAGGGGAGUAUGGAGGCUGGUAAGGGUACAUGGAGAGAGAUAGAAGAUGAGGGACAAGAGGGCAGAAAAGAAGAGAGAAUUCAGUUUUAGACUGAACUUGUAUUAGUCGAAUGUAGCGUAUACACGAUCAGCCAAAACAUUAAAACCACCUGCCUAAUAUUGGGUAGGGCCCGCUCAUGCUGCCAAAACAGCUCUGACCCAUCGAGGCAUGGACUCCACAAGACCUCUGAUGGUGUCCUCUGGUAUCUGGUACCAAGACGUUAGCAACAGAUCCUUUAAGUCCUUAAGUUCCGAGGUAGGGCCUCCAUGGAUCGGCCUUGUUUUUCCAGCACAUCCCACAUAUGCUCAAUCAGAUUGAGAUCUGGGGAAUUUGGAGGCCAAGGCAACACCUUGAACUCUUUAUCGUGUUCCUCAAACCAUUCCUGAACAAUUUUUGCAGUGUGGCAGGGUGCAUUAUCCUGCUGAAAAAGACCACUGCCAUCGGGGAAUACCGUUGCCAUGAAUGGGUGUACCUGGUCUGCAACAAUGUUUAGGUAGGUGGUGCAUGUCAAAGUAACAUCCACAUGCCAGGACCCAAGGUUUCCAAACAGAUCAUUGCCUAGAGCAGCACACUGCCUCCGCCGGCUUGCAUUCUUCCCAUGGUGCAUCCUGGUGCCAUCUAUUCCCCAGGUAAACAAUGCACAUGCACCCAGCCAUCCACAUGAUAAAAAAAGAAAACGUGAUUUAUCAGACCAGAUCACCUUCUUCCACUGCUCCAUGGUCCAGUUCUGAUGCUCACGUGUCCAUUGUAGGCACUUUUGUUGGUAGACAGGGGUCAUCAUGGGCACUCUGACCAGUCUGCGGCUACGCAGCCCCAUACACAGCAAGCUGUGACGCACUGUGUUCUGACACCUGUCUAUCAUAGCCAGCAUUAACUUUUUCAGCAGUAUGAGCUACAGUAGCUCUUCUGUGGGUUGUAAUGAGAUAAUCAAUGUUAUUCACUUCACUUGUCAGUAGUUUUAAUGUUUUGGCUGAUCAGUGUGUAAGAAUUGGAAAUCCCAAAGGAGAUUUUACAAGCGAGUGAAGGAGACAGAAGAGACAGAAAGAGACUAGUCAGUAAGGUGGUGUAAGUAAGACUAGCCAGUAAGGCUUUUAUCCCAACGAUAUGAAACUCUUGCCUUUAGAGUCAAUUACAUAUCAAGGUUAUAUUCAGGUUCCUUAGCUGGGCAUCAUUAAUAUUUCCAAUAUCAAGUGUACUUAUGAACUUACAUGGUGCCUCCCCUAUCAAACUAUACUGUCCUGUGCUUUAAUGAAUGUAACCGUUUCCCUCUGCAGCUGUUUUUUUUUAAACAAACAAUUUGUGCCAUCUCCCACAUAAAUUCACUAACUUAGAAUGGACAGAAGCUUGGCCUUGUCUCUUUAACAAAUGACACUUGUCAUGCUAGUUCCAGGGUAUUAGGUUACAAUUAAGCCUAAUCCUGACCAUAACCCUUAGGGUAUACCUAAACCCAACCCUCUUCCAUAACCUUGCGUGAAAGACAUUAUUGACUUUUUGCUUAUAAACUGCUACUCUGUUUUAAGAGUUAUGAAGUGCCGCUAACCUGUGACAGAUGGAACUGGCUGAUGGGCGGGAUGAGCUAGAGCUUUUGUCUGGUUUAAGAUGAUGAAUUUCUCACACCCUGAAGAGCAUUUCAUUCUCAGUUCACUUAAAAUGGGGAUGAGAAUUGGCACCAUAAUGAGCAAUGAAUGAGCCCCAAUAGUAAAAUCUGCACUGAAAGGCACCCAAAUUAACUAGCCUCUCCUCCCUCCAGUCAUGUUGUCACCAGAAGAGAACACUUAAAUUAAAUUAUUUAAUCUAAUUUGGGGAUAUGGAAUGGCAUAAAUCAAAUAACCCAUGUGGACUGCAAUCAUAUUAGCCAAGUUAAUCAAGUUCAUUCAGUUCUGCCCUUCACAAGUGAUAGCCCAGCUGUGCCGACGAGGAAGAAAUGUGGGUUUCUCCACUCAAGGGCUUUGUUGGGCUAGCCAGAGUCAAUUUAGAUUGUUCACUGUUUUUCUGAUUUGAGAGACACAUAAGUUUAUGUCAAUACAAGAGCAGAGCAGAACAUCCAUUGCACUUUUGGUGUAACAGUUACAGUAAACUUAACUGGUGGAUCCUUACGUGGUUCAUAUUUGAAUAAGAAAAUGGUUGAUCUGUUUGGUGCUAUUUUUAGGGUGGCCAUUUUGUAUUCUUCCAUUAAGGGUAAUAAGUUUUCUUUUUUUAUAUUUAAACUUUUUCGCCCUGAUGCUGUUAUCUAAAACAACUCACGUAUGAGCAGGAAUGGAGUCAGUGCCUUGCUCAAUAGCCCUGUGACAGCACCCAUGGCUGUUGAUGGACACCUUGGCUGUUGGGGGAUUCAAAUUGGUGACCUCUCAAGUGCAGAACAGUGUCUCCAGUCCUCAGGCCAUCUUACCUUUAAAUAUCUCCAUUGGGAGGCUAUUUUUGUUCAAUGUGAACUCUUUUUAGAGGCUCUUAAGCAGUUUAGAAAUGGCAUUAUCGAUUAACCAUGUUGUAAAAAAAAAAGAGAGAGAAUGUUUAACACUUAGCUGGGGUAAAAACAGUUCAGUUCAGGCGCUAUUCCCCUUUUCCCAAGGGUAUUAUUCUGCAUUUGUAAUCCCAAAUUCAGGACAAUUUUUUGCAGGCAAAUUGGCCCUAAGCUCCUUUUACUUUGUAUCCUAAGCAUCCGGUUUACUUCCACUUGAGAUGCCAAAUGUCACAUUUUUGAGAGGAAUGGAGGGGUGAUCAUAUGAUCAUGCUCUGCUAAUGACGAGCUGCCAUGAUAUGAAGUACACCGCGGUCAGUUCUGAUUGGUCAGAGAUCUGCCACUCUGACACUUAGCUUGUGGUUUAUCGGUCUGUGAAGGUGAAACAUACGACAGGUAUUUACCCUGGAAAAUAUUCUAUCUUUUAAGUCAUUAUUCAUUUACUGGAUGUCCUGAUUAGUUUAGCCAGUUUAAUUGGGCCUGUGGAAACUAUUUCACCAAAUGGUCAAGGAGGACUCCGACGUAUCCAAAACUAGGCUGAUCAAUGAGGUGUUUUGGCUAUGCUCUGAUUUAAAUAUGAGCAGUGGUUUAUAGUCUUAUGUUUUACUUCAUGAUUUGAAAUUUAAGGCACCUCGCCAAUGAUUUUCACACAGGACAAUUUAAAACGAGCACAACAGUCACAAAUGUUCAAAUUACGUGAUCAUCGACAUAACAAGCCAAAAAUCUUAAGACAUGUUAGUGUUGAAGUAACAAUGACCAGAUGACAGAUGUAACAAAACUCUUUGUCCCUUGACUUUUUAGCCUCAUGGUAAUGCGAGGUUGAUUGAAAAAAAAAAAGAAAAAAAAAGGCGCCAGACAGAAGAAGUCUUUAGGCUUAUGCUUGCUCUAAAAUAAGAAAAUGCAGUCAGGUAGGCGUGGCCUUGGAAAAUGUAUAUGGUAAUUCUGCCCGCAAAGGAGCUUUUCCUCCUGUUCACACUUGAACCAGAGAGCACAAAGCUACAGGCCGUGGGUAUAUUCACACACAGGAGUUAUCUCAGUUUCUCAGUACCACCUGUUGCUACUGGGAACUCACACUAUAAAAACCUGCUGAUUUGGCUGAUACAGUGAAACAUCUCCUAAAGAUGUAUUUUGUUUGAUUUUAUACACCAGUGACCCGCCAAAAAGAUCUGCAUCACACCAUCAAACCAUGCUUGGAACUAAAGCACCCAUAAGAGUCUUUUCUGAUAUGAUGUCUGCUGUUAUGUGUUGCUGUUAUCAUGUGUUGUACAGAAUUAGAGAACUGUUCCUCUGCAGGGUAAUCAACAUGGCAGGCAGAGGGAAAUUUCUUGCCAAAACAGCCCUCUUUAUACAUUCUUGUAUAUAUUUUUGUUGAGAUAAUAUCAAUGAAAUGAAGUACUAUGAAAAUACAACUAUAUUUAAUUUUUUUUUUCUGGGGACCACAGAAAACCUCUUGAGGACCCAAGGCAGUCCCUAUACCCCUCUAUGGGAUUCACUUAUAUAUAACUUUAUGAAGCUCAAUUAUCCAAUGCAGUUUGCUGAAACCUUUGGUUUGAAAUUACUUGAACAUUUUCUUCUAAUGUGUGAUCAGAAAACAAGGUGCAUCAUGAGCAAAUUUUCAGAGUCUAAUAAUUAUAGGUGAACAUAUGCCAAGAAUACAGGCACACAAUACACUUAAAUCAUAACAUCAUCCACUUAAGGUUAUAAUUUGUCUGCAGACUUUGUGUGCUUUAACGUGGAAAAAGCACAGUCUUAAUAGCAUUCUUGGUUGAUAUAAAGAAAACACGGUCACAUGACUUGCGUGCUGUAUCCAUACUGAUCAGUUCCAGUAAUGGACAAAGCAAAAAUUAUAUAUAGGUACAACUCUGAAACAGUUCAUUGACUUUCCUAAGAUGAACAUUUUUUUACAGUUCGAGAUGCUCUGUGAAUACAGACUUGCAACUUGUUUUCUCAAUCUCUUAAUCAUUGCUGAUUCAGUCGGUCUUGUAUAACUUAAGUCACUUCCCUUUGUCUAUUAUAUUUUUCAAACUGUUUAGAGAGAGCGUGCAACAUAUUGCCUAUGUAAACCUGAGAUACAUUCAGGGGGUUAAAAUUUUAAAGCAUAGAGAGUAGGGCUCAGGUUUACGAAAACAUUGCUGACUCUCAACAACGCAGGCCCUAUGACGCUUUUUGGCUUUCAGACAGCUUAAGCAGCCAGGCCGUACAGUACAUAGAGGCUGUGUGCAGGCAGAGUAUUUCUGCGCUACUGUUAAAAUUAAAGACCGUGUUUCAGGAAGUCGCCUUCCUGGGGGUCUCUUAGGAGGCAGGGAGCCAUUUCCUCUUCCUUCACUUCACUUCCUGUCAGGUGACCAUGCCUUUUGAGAGCACACAAUGGGUACAUCUCAAGUCUCUUAAUGACAUCCAAGUUUCCCUCACUUGAAUCUUUUCCUUGCGUCUAAGUCCCUCCUACUGGGGAUACAUGGAGAGACGCGAGAGGUGAGAAGAAACGAGGAAAUAUGUUUUUAGGGAAAUUAAAAUUUAGGGAAAUCAUGUGAAGCGACAUCUGUUUCUGAUGACGGCGUUACAGAUUUAACGGCGUGUGAAUUGAAAUAAACAUAAUAACACAUGCCUAGGUUCCCCAUCUUCUUGGAUUACAUAUCAAAGCAGAAAAUAAUGUUCAUUUACACUUGUGCUGCUGUUUCUCCUCCAUCUUGUUCAAAUGUGCCAGAUGUGCGAGGCGGAGUAAUAAUUACACGUCAUGGCGUUCAGCUGAAAGCCUUCCAGGAAGGCUGCUCUCGUCUAUCUUUGCUCGUGGCUCCUCAGAGAUUCAUCCUCGCUCCUCAGAGUAGAAAUAAGAGCUCUGCGACGGCCUUGGACCAGAACUACUUCUGGCUCAAUCGAGGAACUAUCAAAUUAGAGACUUGAGAUGCACCCAGUAGCAUGAUCACUGGUGUGCCACAUAUGGCUGCCGUUGGGUUUCUCAUUUAGACCUACAUUAUGUCGUCACAGAGAUGAGACGAGCUUUCUUUCAUGUGCGGACAGAGAACGAGGCUCAGAAAGGUGACGUUUUCAGCUAACUGUUGCCUUGGUAACAUCUCCUGCGGAAACAAAUUUAUUGAGAGGAAGUGUCAGCUUGGUUCAAUGUAGGUGAUGCAAUGUUCAGACUGUUCCAAUCAUCUAAAAAUCUGCUAUCCAUACAAACACACACACACACACACACACACAGUUUCCAUUCAUUACAUGGGUCAUUCUUUUUAAAUGUUUCGCCUAAUGUAGAAUAUUUAUCAGAUCUGUAAUUUAUGUUUUUUAUUUCAUUAUCAAAUAUUUUUGCCGUUUUUGCUUGUUUUUUUCUUCCAGUGAAUGUAUAAUAAAUAAGAUAUCAAUUAUUGUCUGACUGAACUGAGAGGCAUACUUUCAGACUGCCUACAUCCUAUAUAAACUGAGAAUC